AUGUCUGAACGUGGAACUCACGAACCAUACGUCGGGUACAACGAUGUCUUAAUUUCCUCCUUGUCUGUGAAUUCUAACUGGAAAGAGCUUGACAAUUGUUGGGUUGCCAAUUUUCUACGAGAAGCAGAAAGAUUAGAAGGUCAAGAAAAUUUUGCAGUCCUAAAAGAGAAGCCUAUUGUGGAUACUAUUAAUCGAGAAGGGGAUGAAAUAGGAGAAUAUGAUUAUAAUGAUCCACCACCGUCAAGACGUUCCGUAAUAUCAUCUCCAUACCCUCUUUCAUCAAAAAUAGCCUUGAAGAACAUAGCUUUGAUCGUGAUAACAAUAACCACAAUGAUAAUCAGGUAA